CCUGCAGGGUGUAACUUUGGCUUUAACUUAAGCUCAACACUUCAGCAGUCAGCAUCAGUGUGUGACUUCCUGAAGGAGGAACACAGCCUCUCCAGUUACCCGUGCGAAGCGUCUGAAGAAGACCUCAAGAUCCUACGGUACAUGUAUACAGAGCUAAUGGGGUCAUUCAGGAGAUCACCUCCUCUCUGCGCUGUGCUUCAAGGUCUGGCCGUUUGGAGUGUGGUUGUGGUCGGGGGGGAGUGGUCCGUAAGCGUUCCCAAGCGGGUGUCCACUCUGGCCGGGUCUUGCGUGGUCAUUCCUUGCUCCUUCACUUCGACCACCUCUGCCGUCGAGGUCUCUUGGUACCAGUACGUCAGCCGUGGCUACCCGCUGGUGUACAGUCGGUCCCAUCCAGACAGCGUGAUAGAUAAGUUCCGUGGUAAGACCGAGCUGAGUGGCAGUAAAGAACGGGGAGACUGCAGUCUGAAAAUAUACCCCGCCCAGGCAGCACAAAAUGCUGAACAGAUCUACGUAUGGGUCGAGCCAAACCAGCUGCAGGGCAGCUAUUUCUAUGACCAGACGGUGACAUUAGAGGUGACGGAGCAUGCGGCCCAGCCGGAGAUACGGGUGAGCGAGGGGAAGGCCCUCCUGGCCUCGUCCACCGUGAGCCUGGCUGAGGGGGCCACGGCCGUGCUCUCCUGCAGCGUCUCCCACGGCUGCCCCCCCCACCCCCCGACCCUCUCCUUCUUCGCGCGCGGCGGGCCGGUCGCGGGGCAGGUCACGCAGAGCCGGACGGGGGAGGCCACGGUCACCCUGGAGCGCUCCUGGACCGCCGCCGCUGAGCACAACGGGCGGAGCCUGGCGUGUGAGGUCACGCAUCACGGGGGCGCCAGCGCCAGCAGGGAGGUCGUGCUCCAUGUCCUGUAUGCCCCGAAAUCAGUGAGUAUCCAUGGCGACCACACCGUGGUCGGAAGGGUGUCCUUGUCCUGCCGAAGCCAGGCGAACCCGCCCGCGGUCUGGUACCGGUGGUACCGCGUCAAUCAGGGUCAGCUCACGCUGCUGGGCCACACCUCUGAGACCGCGCUCAUCACAGAACUGGACCGGAACCAGAACCUGUUCCGCUGCGAAGCCAGCAACACCGCGGGGCGCGGCAGCUCGCCCGACUUCGAAGUGAUCAAUGAGUACAAACCCUCCAUAUCCGAGGCCUCCCAGUGCACCUUCGACUCUGGGUCUCUGAGGUGCUGGUGUGAGGCCUCGGCCAGGCCCCUGGCCACCCUGCGGUGGGAGGUGGACGGAGCCCCACGCCCCGGCCGGCCCAGCGUCCGCGAGGGGGACGUGGUGAAGGCGGCUUGGUCGCGGGUGGGUAAGGACGCCAAGGAGACGACCAGGGUCACGUGCAUCUCCAACAACCUCCACGGCCAGGACCGGCGCCAACUGAGGAUCCGUGUGAAAGCGCUUCCCGCUAACGUGACGGUUACCCAGUCCCCCGCCCGACAGCUGGAGGGAGCGGGGGUGACCCUAACCUGCACGGGACAGGGCAGUCCGCCCGUGUCGGGGUACCGCUGGUUCCGGGGGCCGGAGGGGCAGGAGACGAGCCUGGAGGGGGGCUCCCGUGACCUGAGGGUCGCCGCGGUGACCAGGGACUCCGGGCCCUACCGCUGCUCCGCCCGGAACGAGGUGGGAGAGGCCAGCUCCCCCGUCACCGGGCUGAACGUGGAGUAUGCCCCUCAUAUUCUCCCGGCCUCCAGUUGCACCCUGGGUAACGGACCGAUCAGGUGCGAGUGCGUGGUGGACUCCAACCCCACAGCGAAGGUCACAUGGUCCUCCAUGAGCUCCCCAACCAAUGAGAAGCACAACAUAUCCUCCACUCUCAGUGGGCGGGUCCUGAGGUCUAUUCUCACAGGACCAAUGGGAGAUGAGGGUCCACAUGUCUACUGUAAUGCCACCAAUCAGCACGGAGAUGCCUUUUACCAGCUGCAGCUACCUUCAACAGAGGGGCACUCGGCGAUGACGUUUGGAACAAUCGCAGGAGCACUGGCUUUGUGUCUUUUACUGGGAGCCAUUUUCUUUUGUAAACGCAUGAAAAGGCAACGCAAACACACACCCAGCACAGUCCUGUCGCAGAAGGAAGUGAAACGCGUUGUCCGGAAGGAAGUUAAGACAGACAGUUUCUACGAGAACACUAGGAGACCACCUCCUAGCCAUCUGGUCCCCGAGAGCCUGUACGAGGUGGAGGGCGACCCCAAGUAUCAGCAAUUUAACUGGACCGAGGAUGUGUACCAAAACUGCUGAGAUGGAGAGGAGCCGCUCAAUCCAGCUACUGCUAUGCUCUCGGUGUUUCUGUUUUUUUAAGCAGUCAUAUUUUACUGUCAUCUGUGAAGCAAUUGGUAGCCUCAUUUCAUGGCGCUGACAACCGGUUAUUACCGGAGUUUGAACGGGUGCCAUGUUGCCAUCUUUUCAGACACCAGAUGGCGCCAAAGGUGCGCAGUGAAAAAGACAGCCCUUUUAUAGUGGGCGGCAGAAUUAAUUAAGGCUGCAUAUAAAAAAACAACAUUGAUAAUGUUCUGUAUUUUAUAUUCAAACAUACGGGAGAAUGACAUACUUUUAUUUCAAUGCGUUUACUCAUGUCUCAAUUUAUUACUUUUUUUAUUUUUAAAUUGUAGGUUUAAAUUAUUAUUAUUAUUUUUUUUUAAGUUUCAUUUUUUCUAAAAAAAAAACGCAGGUGUAAGUGGAAAUACAGUUUUACUAAAUUUAGUCAGAAAUUUAGUCAGAACUAUAUUGUGUCAUACCAUCACUUCCUGUUUCACCAGAGAGUAAAAAGGGUGUCACAAACAUGCAAACCCCCCUUGCCAACCAUCUGCAUGGGAAAACCCAACAAACUGUCAAUUCAGAAGACGCAGAUGGUAAUUCACAUCACAAGUAGGGCAAUGGGUAAAAAAAAAAAAAAAACCCCAAAAAACAUUAAAGGUUAAGCAUACUGUUUAGCACUGUAAGAGCAGUAAUAAAAAGGAGUAAAUGUACUUUUUAAAACGUAUGGAAGGAAUUUAAAACUUGCCUGGAAGAGGACGCAAGUGCAUGUUAUCCCCACAGACGGUAAGGAAGAGGGUGAGGCCACAAGUAACCAGAGGAUCACAGUUUAAGAAUUGCAGAGAUUGGUUAUGUCAUGGGGUCAUCAAGUCUUAAAAAAACCCCCCAUAAAAUUACAUUACAUUAAUGGCAUUUGGCAGACGCUCUUAUCCAGAGCGACAUACAGUUGAUUAGACUAAGCAGGAGACAAUCCUCCCCUGGAGCAAUGCAGGGUUAAGAACCUUUCUCAAGGGCCCAACGGCUGUGCGGAUCUUAUUGUGGCUACACCGGGAUUAGAACCACCAACCUUGCGUGUCCCAGUCAUUUACCUUAACCACUACGCUACAGGCCGCACCUCCGUACCAACAAACUCCUUGGAAGGGUGGUUACGAAUGAACACAACAUUUGCUGUUGGCAAAUUGAUAUGUUUGGUGGCAAAAUGGAAUGCAUACAAGGAGAACCAGCUUAUACCUACUGUCAAAUAUAAACUAUUCAUUUAUUCAUUUAGAUAUGGUGGUGGGUCAUUGAUGUGAUCUGCAAACAUAUCAGAAAUUAUAGGAAAAGACCCAUGACUGCCAUCUUUGCCAGGGGUGUUCGAACAAAGCAUUAGAUCAGGGGUGCCAAAGAUUGUGGAACCUGUUGUUUUGUUUUUGUUUUGUUUUGUUUUUGUUUGUUUUUUUUGGGGUGGGGAUAUUUGUUUUAUUUGAAAAAUGUAAGACGUCGGUUGAUUCCAUUAAAUCGUUAAUAAAGCACACUGCUUUAAA